AUGGCGAAAGCCGCUCGCAGAAAGUCGUCGAGACUGACAAACGAGGCAGAUGAAGGCGACAAUGAGAACGGCUCUCAGGGUUGCAAUGGCAGUCAAAGGCGAUCCGGAAGAUCGCGCACCGCCGGCCCGGCCAGCUAUUACGAAGGUAGCGAGGACGAGAGUGACGGCGACAGCGACGAGGGUUCAGAUGGGAGUGACGGGGAGACGGAGGAUGCGGAGGACGCGGAGGGCGCGGAGGAGGACAGCGAUGACGCGGUCGAAACGGGCGAGGAGGAGGCGGAGAGUGAUGGCGACGGAGAGGAUAUCAGCGAGGGUGAUGACGACGAGAGUGACCAAAACGAGCACAAAGAAGAGGAGGCGGAGCCGGCGACGGAUCGCGUGGACAAGGACGCGACGGACGUUAAGCCACGAGGCGGCGAGAAGGACGGGAAUAAGACGGAGGCGAGUGAAGACGAAGAAGAAAUGCUGGAGAUUUCUAGUGACGACGAUGAGGAUAUCGGUGGGGGGAAGCUGCCCGCGAAGAGAUGCAGCAAACCUGCCGGAAAAGCUGCCCCCCGGAAUGCCAAUGCUAAAAACUCGGCGCGCAGGCAGUCUCCGCGGCUGAGAGGACAUCCGGAGGCGGACUCCGCGCGGGCGCAAGGCAAGCAAGGCGGAAGCGCAGGCGGUUUGGCGGGUAAGCGCGGGGAACAGCUGCGCGGAGACGAGGAGGCGGCGGCGGCGUCGCGAGGGCAAGUGCAGCGAGUGGCGAGCUCGUUGCCGGGUAGCAAGAAGCUGACGCGGCGCGACUCGGGCGUAGCCGACUCUGCGAAGGGGAGUAACGUUCAACGUGGCGUGGAGGCUAAAGCUGAGGAGGAAAAGGAAGAGAAAGAGGAGGAAGAAGAGGAGGAGGAAGCGGACGAACAGGAGCAUGGCGAGGAAGAAAAGGAGGAAGGAGAAGUGGAUGAUGAGGAGGAAGAGGAGGAAGAAGAGAAUGAAGAGGAGGAAGAAGAGGAAGAAGAGGAAGAAGAGGAAGAAGAAGAGGAAGACGAGGAAGAAGAGGAGAAAGAAACUAGAGGUAAGGGCAAGAAAGGGUGGCAAAAGGCAGCCACAGUAUCGCCAGAGCCGGAGCAAGGUCGACGGAGAUCGUCUCGCCUCCAGUCCAUCACCACCGGUAACGCUUCUUCUUCCGCGGCUGCUGCUGCUGCUGCGGCAGCGGCGGCGGCGGCGGCGGCAGCGGCGGAAGCCGCCGCGGUCUUGCCGGCGUCGUCCACCGCCAGGGCGCGCGAGCGGCGGAAGCAGCGCGCGCAGGAGGGGGUCUCGCGGAAGACCAAAGAGACGGCGAAGGAGAACCAAGAUCCGGGCUCGAAGAUGGCGGCCAUUAUCGCGGAUAGUGCGUGGCUUUUAUCGCGACCGCUCGUAACGAAGCCCCCCGCCCCGGUGGAGAAGGUGCUGCUGGCGCGCCAGCCCGCGGAACGACCGUCCGCGGAAAGAGCGGACAGCGGGCCGAAAUCAAGCGCAGAAGGGGGAACGAGCGCAGCCGGAGAGGAAGGCGCGGCGGCGGAGGAAGAAGCAUCAGCCGCGGCGACUGCUGCGGUGAUUGCUGCGGACUCACCUGCAGCGACCGCUGAGGUGACUGCUGCGGUGUCACCGGCGCCGGUUUUCCUGGUGAAGCUAGUCGGGCGGAGUUACCGCGACGUGGUGUGGAUGGCGGAAGCUGCGCUGCAGGAGCAAUUCCCCCGUCUCCUCAUGUCCUUCCGCCAGCGCUCCAUCGCCGCCCGCGGCGCUGUCAAAGACGGUCCUGCUCCUGCCAGCGGCGCGAGUGCCGAGCCGAACGAUGACGCUGACGUGGAGGUCGUCGGUGCUGAGUCGGAUCUCGUUCUUCCGUUCGAUCCGGACUACCUGCGCGUGGAUCGCGUUAUAAGCACGAAGCGCGGGCGGAAGAAGGACGCGAUGCGUUACUUGGUCAAGUGGAAGGCGCUUCCGUACACGGCCGCCACGUGGGAGGACGACAGCGCGCUUCGGGACGAUCCGGACGAUGUCCGGGCAGUCGAAAAGUUUCACACCUUCUACGAUAAAGCCGCGAUGCGACGGCGCGCUCCGGUGGCCGUGAAACGCGGAGAGCCGGCGUCGACGGGGGUGGAGUUUAAGAACGGGCGCACGCUGCGCGAGUACCAGGUGGCGGGCGUUGAUUGGCUGUAUCACAACUACAACAAGGGCGUGAACUGCAUUCUGGCGGACGAAAUGGGGCUGGGGAAGACCAUGCAGGUGCGCGGCGGGAAGCGGGUGUGUGAGGGAAGUGGUGUUUUGCCAAUCUCCGCAAUAUCGUUCUCCGCGCCGACCGCGCGUCCAAGUUCACCCCCCUCACCCCUUCCCCUCCUCUCCACUUCCCUCUCCGCGUCUCCCGCUCCGCUUCUCCCUCUCCGCUUGUUCCCCUUACCCACCGUUCCCGUCUCACCCGCUUCCCCAAUCGUCCCCGCUCUCCGCGCACCCUUUCUCCCCCUCCCCUCCCCUCCCCCGUCUUUCCCUUCUCCCCCACCCCCCGACUCUGCGCAGUCCGUCGCGCUGCUGGAGGCGGUGCGCCUGCGCACGGGCGUGCGCGGGCCGUUCCUGGUGGUAGCGCCGGUGUCCACGCUCCCGCACUGGCAGCGCGAGCUGGAGUCGCUCUCUUCCUCGGAGAUUAAUUGCGUGCCGUUCGUCGGGUCUAAGGACGACCGCGCCUUGAUCCGCGAGCACGAGCUCGCGCACCCCAGCGGCCGCGGCGUGCGCGCGCAUGUGAGUUGCGCGGAGAAAGGGAAGGGAAAGGGGAGCCGCGCGCAUGUGGUGCUGACGAGUUUCGAGAUCCUGCAGAAGGACCGCAAACCUCUGAGGGACGUGCGGUGGGAGCUGUGCAUCGUGGACGAGGCUCACCGCAUGAAGAGCACGACAGCCAAGACCACAGCAGCGCUCAAGGAGCUGUGCAUCAGGCGAGGGGGCCUGCUAUUGCUCACAGGAACGCCCGUGCAGAACAACACGCGCGAGCUCUUGUACGUGCUGCAAGCGGUUGGGGGGAGUGGGGUGGUGCUGCAAGUGGUUGGUGGGAGCGGGGUGGUGCUGCAAGUGGUUGGUGGGAGCGGGGUGGUGCUGCAAGCGGUUGGGGGGAGUGGGAUGGUGCUGCCAUCGGUUGGUGAGAGUGGGGUGGUGCCGCUCCUAUUAUCUGUCUCUCCCAGCCCUCCCUCUCUCUUUUCACACCAUGACUCCUCACCCGCUCUCCCCUCAACCGCUUUCCACUCAUACGCCCUCUUCUCACUCGCUCUCCCGCGUGCCCUCUCGCCUGCUCUACCCUCAACCACACUCUAUCUUCCACUACACCCCUCCCCCCAUUUUCCCCUUCCCGUUCCCCCGCCCGUGUGUCUUCCCCCACUCAGUGGACUGCUAAACGUCCUUGACCCAGCCACGUUCGGCGACGAGGCUGACUUCCUGGCUCGGUUCGGCAACAUCACUGACGCGGAGCAGGUUCGGGUGCUGCAGGAGGAGGUGCUUCGGCCGAGGCUGCUGCGUCGGAUGAAGGAGGACGUGGAGAAGAGCCUACCGCGCAAGGAGGAGGUGAUUGUGUGGGUGGAGCUGACGAGAGACCAGCGGCGCUACUACCAGGCUCUCUAUCGGAACCGCAUCGGCACGCUGCUGCAGGGCGCGUCGAAUAAGAACCUGCCGAAUCUGCGGAACCUGGCCAUGGAGCUGCGCAAGCUGUGCAACCACCCCUUCCUAUGCAACGGACUAGAGGAGGACAUGAGUCUCUACGCCCUCCCUGCACCUCUCUACGCCCUCCCUGCACCUCUCUACGCCCUCCCUGCACCUCUCUACGCCCUCCCUGCGCCUCUCUGCGCCCUCCCACUGACCUCCUGCCUAUCCCUGUCCCCUCACCCUCCCACUCCUCUCACUCCCCUCCCAUUCGUCCCCCACUCCUCCCACCAGUUCGUGAUAAUGCUGGACCUGCUGGAGGACUAUCUCACUGACCUUUCGCCCACUGCUCUCUCCUCAUCGUCCCACUCCUCUCUCUCAUCCCACUCCUCGAAUCACUCACCGCCAGUUCGUGAUAAUGCUGGACCUACUGGAGGACUAUCUCACGGCCAACGGCUUCUAUUGCCGUUUCUCAGCACCAAGGCGGCUAUUGACCGCUUCUCAGGCCCAGGCAGUGCGUCCUUUGUGUUUCUGCUCAGCACCAAGGCGGGCGGUCUCGGUAUCACCCUCACUGCGGCGGACACGUGCAUCAUCUAUGACUCGGACUGGAACCCUCAGAACGACUUGCAGGCCAUGGCUCGCUGCCACAGGAUCGGGCAGAGCAAGGACGUGAAAGUCUAUCGGCUGAUAACGCACCGCACCUACGAGCAGCAGCUGUUUGACUGUGCCUCACGCAAGUACGGCCUAGAGGAAGCCAUUCUGGGCAACUACCAAGGCGCCAGCGGGGGGAGCGGGGGGAAUGGGGAUGCGGCAGGGGGCGGGGGAGAAGGAGAAGAAGCAGACGGGGCGGGCGGGGGAGGAGGGGGGCGUGGAAAGAGGGGGAAAGGCGCGGGUGGCGCAGGGGGUGCGGGAGGGGGGGCCGCGGGGGGAGGUGGGGUGCGGAAUCCGGAGCAGAGUAAGGAUAUAGAGAGUCUGCUGCAGCACGGGGCGUAUGAGCUGUUCAAAGACGAGGCGGCGGAGGAUAGCGUGCGAUUCACAGCGGAGAACAUUGACCAGAUCCUAGAGCAGCGCACGCAGACACGCACCAUCGGCGGAUCCGGUACAAGCACAUUCUCUAUAGCCACUUUCGCUUCAGAGGAACCCGAGGGGCCAGAGGAAGCAGCAGAGGAGGAUCAAGAGAACCCCGACGGGGACAGGGGAAGUCCAGAAAGAGGGGGACAUGGUAGUGGAGGGGAGGGAGAUGAGAACGAGAAUGCAGGUGGUGGCAGCAAUAGAAGGAGUACCCGGUCUUCGCGAGGUGGGGCAGAUGGGAAUGCAAUCAAGCAAGGCGUGGAGUUUUGGGAAGAGUUGCUGCCCGAGGCCUGCCGGGCAGCUCGGGCAGCAAAGGAAUCUCCGCUGGAUGGGUUUACGCCGUUGGCAAGGGAGGAGAGGAGGAGGAAGAAAGUGGUAUACGCGGAGGGAGGCGUGAGAAAGGGAGGAGGGGCGGGAGGGGGAGGUGCAGAGGGUGCGGAAGGGGGAGUGGGAGGGAAGGGGAAGGUGGAGGAAGGGGAAAGUGGGGAGUCUGAAAGUGGGGAGGGGAGCAGUGGGGAGGAGGGGGAGAGGGGAGAUGGGAAGGGGAGGAAGAGGGGGAGAGGCGCAGUAGGUGGGGAUGAUGGGUUGGGAGAGGAUGUGGCGUGGGUAGGAGAGGAUGGGGUGAGUGAGGGGGAGUGCGGGGGGGGAAGAGCAGUGAGGAAGGCAAAGAGGGAAGGGCAAGGCCGGGAGAAGAAAGUGCGGCCGUGGAACGAAGCAGAGAUUAAGCGGCUUGAGUGGAAGGUGUUCUUCUCUGCACUGGAAGGAGACAAGCUACGUCAGGCAGCAAAGCUGCAGCAGCGGUCAGAGGAGGAGGUGGUACAAGUGGCAGCGGCUCUAGAGCGCGUGUACCGCAGCGUGCAUGCUCUCUCCGAGUCACACCAACUCAGCCUAGACGCAGCAAAGCUGCAGCAGCGGUCAGAGGAGGAAGUAGCAGAAGUGGCAGCAGCUCUAGAGCGCGUGUACCGCUCAGUGCACGCCCUCUCUGAGUCACACCAACUCAGCUUAGACCUGGCACUGCGCGGGCAGAAGUCCAAACCCCACCACCGAACCAUAGAUUUCGCUGAUCCUGUCUUGAGCGCUGCUGUUGCUGCGUACGCUGCUGCCAAUCAUCCUGGUGCUGCUGCUGCUGCGGCGGAGGAGGAUGGGAGGAAGGCAGAGGAGCUGUGGCCGAAGGAAGCAGCAGGGGAGAAGCUGCCUGCUGCUGCGAGGGCGGCUAUGAGCACUGUGGCAUUCCGACUGCGAUGCGUGAAGGGUGCAGAGAGUCGACUGCAAAUGCGGGCUGUGGUGAGAGUGAUAGCAGCAGCAGCAGCAGCCAAGCCAGAAGGGUUUCAGCACCCCACCAUCACUGCCAUUCUCUCAUCUACUGUCGUCAAGCGCUGGCGCUUUCCCACGUGGUGGGAUGACGAGGCAGCUGCUGAUUUCCUGAGAGCAGCAGUGGAGAUAGGUUGCUCGCCCUCUGACUUUGCAGCUCUGAGGACGGACCCUCAUUUUGUCCUCACAAACAAGUACGAUGCAGCCUAUGCCAACUGCGCUCUCAGCUCCGCACAGGCGACAGAAGCUGAGAAGGUGCGCGACUUCAUGCGUGUUGAUUGGCCGCUGCCCAGCGUGCUGACAAAGCUGGUAGUCCACGUGGCAGAAGAGGUGGCAUGGAGAUGGGACAUUCCGUACGAAUUUUCCCGAGAAAAUAUCUUCUCCAACAAAUGGGGAAGCAGUCGCGGGCUGAGAACUGGAGCUGCUGCUGUUGCUGCCACUCGUGGUGCCUCUGCUGCUGCUGCUGGUGAUGCUGCUGCUGCUGCUGCUGCUGCUGCUGCUGCUGCUGCUGCUGCUGCUGCUGCUGCUGCUGCUGCUGCUGCUGCUGCUGCUGCUUCUGCUUAUGGUGGUGCUACUGCCGUUGGAAGUAACGAUGAUGACUCGCAACAACAUGAAAAGAGGAAGGAGGAGAUUGGGGGAGACCCAUACCACCAACACCAGGACAGACCACACAAGCACUGCCAUUCCGGGGCAAUGGUGUCUGCGUGGGGGGUUCUUGGAAAGUCCCAGGCGGUUAAACAAAAGGAGAAGCUAGGAGAAGGAAAGCAGGCUGAAGGGCAGGCGACGGAAGGCAAGCAGGAAGUGGGGAAAGGAAAGGAGAAGAGGAAGGAGGACGGGGGGAGAGACAGCUUUCUGGUUUCAUGGUCUGGUUUGAGGAAACCUGCCACUGGAAGGGGAGGGGGAGGUGGAGGAGGAGGGGCAGGAGGAGGAAGGGGUUCAGGAGCAGGUGGAGGGAGAGGAGGAAUAGGAGGCACGGGAGCGGGUGUAGGCAUGGGAGAGGCUGGUGGAGUGGGAAUGGGAGGCACACAGGAGUCGGAUCCAAUUGUAUCAUCCGACCCUGUUGACUUGGCUGCUGUUGAGUCAGUAGAGAAGAGGCACAAGGCGGAACAUGUGGAUGUGCACUCAGCGCCGAAAUCGCAGCUUGUUUUCCUGCCGUCGCUCCCGCACGCAUCUCCUGCUGGUGCUGGUGCUGCCGGUGCUGCUGCUGCUGCUGCUACUCCUGCUGCUGUUGCAGGUUCGGCCCCAGUCAAGCCGAAAAUGGCAAUUCCAAACCAAAGGGCACCGGCGAUCGGCAGGGAUGGCAUUUUGAGUAUGGAUGCGGACAGGGAAAGAACCAAGCGCAAGAGGGAGAGCCUAGAACAGCUGAAGAACCACCUCGAGAAUUCCCUGAAGGGUGACGUGGCGACUGGUGAAAGGGAGGUGAGGGAGGGGAGUAAGGAGAGGGGUGUGAGAGAGGGGAGUGAGGAGAAGCAAAGGAAGAAGGGGAACGGUCCUGAGAAGCAGAAACGUCUGGAUGAUCUCCUGGAAGGCAGUUCCGGCAGCGAAGCUGCUGUGUCUGGGAUCAGCACUGGGAGCGAGGGGGGGUCGGGUGGUGGUGCGGUGGUGCUGGAAGGAGAGGAGCUUUCUCUCUAUCUCAAAGCGCAGCAGAGAGUAUUGGCAUCCAGCAAAGGAAGAAUGGGAGCGUCAGGCAAAGCUGAUGUUUCUACUUCUGUGAUGGGCCUCAGCAAAAGGGGAAGCUGCGAGGGAGUGAGGGAGGAAGAUGGUUUCACAGUACAGAAGCUGCAGUCUCCUCAGACGGCAAAACAACACCAACAGCAGAGGGAGCAACAGCAGGCGAAGGCAAAGCAGAAGAAGCGCCUGUCAUCAGAUCUCUACGGGACAGAGACCACCCGAGUACCUGCCAUCAGUGCUGGUCUUUGCUCCCCUGCUCAGAAACCUCCUACUGCUCAGAAAGCUCCUGCUGCGUACAAGUCUCCUGCUGCUUAUACAUCUCCCACUCCUCUCUGUGUAUCUGCUGCACGGUCUUCAGCUGCUGAUGCAGGUACCAGGUUCUGUCCACUGGUGGUUCCACUUGCAGAGGACAAGGAUUACUCGCAUCAUCACACCCCCUUACCUAUGAACACGCCGACCCGUCCCCUGCUGUCUCCUGUGACUGCUGGAACUGCUGCCAGUAGGAAGCAAUCAGAGGUGCUGAGGGAAGUGAACAGGAGCAGGGAGAUGGAGAAGGGAUGGUCAGCUUCUCCAGCCAAGAAAGCGAAACUCACUGAUAAGGUACGUGUGGUGGUCUGA